AUGGAUGCAACAACUAAUAGUGGGGCAAAUACCGGUUUUGUUGGAAUUAAAUUUUGUCAAGAAUGUAAUAAUAUGCUUUAUCCUAAAGAGGAUAAGGAAAAUCGAAUAUUGCUCUACGCCUGUCGACGAUGUGACUUCCAUCAAGCGGCUGAUAACCCAUGUAUAUACGUUAAUAAAAUUACUCAUGAAGUCGAUGAAUUGACACAAAUCGUCACUGAUGUUAUAUCUGAUCCCACAUUACCUCGUACGAGUGAUCAUCCAUGCCCAAAAUGCCGUGGUCAUGACGCGGUGUUCUUUCAAGCUCAAUCCGCACGCAGCGAGGAUCGUAUGACAUUGUACUACGUUUGCCGUAAUCAGGAUUGUCUCUAUCGUUGGACGGAAUAA